AUGAUACCUUCCGAAGAAGCAAACGCUGCCCUCAAUGAUACUUUGACAGAUGUUCAAUCCCUCAUCAAACGAUGUAUGAAGUUAAAAGAAGGCGAUUCAGCGACGGCGUUGGCAUUGUCGGAUGAGAUUGCGAGGCGCUUGGCAAAAGAUUUAAAACUCUAUGGAGGGAGCGCAACAUCGUUCUCUCCACAGCUGCUGUCAUGCGCAGCGGUCAUACGGCAGUACACUAAAGGUGGCAUGUUUACAUCGUCGCCAGACUGGACAACCGUCGGCGACAAUGACCCACGCAUCAAGGAUCAUCCACGUUUCCAGAAGACUAUACAUUAUCGAGCUCCUACCGGUUCCGAAAAGACGGAACAUGAACUUGCCUCUCUCGCCCAGACGGAUGUACCGCAAGCUGUCGUAUCAUUUCCAUCACUUGACGGUCCGGAAGGCAGUCCCAGGGCUGAUAUCCAGACUCCUGUAAAGCUUCUCCCCAGCACGGAGAAACCUCAACAUGCGAAUUCCUUGGAAACUGUUGGCCUCGGAACCGAUCACGGCUCUGCCCAUGUCAACGGGCCCGCGAGGACGCCGGAGAAGACUGUUUUGACCCCCCCGCCAACUUUAACAAAGACCAUGGAACAGCUCAUUCCGGUGCCCACAUCAACGGCGCCAGCGAGGACGCCGGAGACGACUGUGCUGACUCCCUCGCCAACUUUCACAAAGGCCUUAGAACCUCUCACUCCUCUGCCCAUAUCAAUUGCGCCCGCGAAGUCACCGGAGCAGUCUGUUGUGACUUGGGACCCAAAGACACGGGAGCAGACUCACAGACAACAUCGUAAUGAUAAAAAAAGGCAAGUGGAAGAUGAUGUCGCCGACGAAACGGAUAUCAUACAUAGGCCUGCCCCGCGUCCGUUAUCCCGGCAACCAAAAAGGAAGAAGAAGUUUAUGUCAGAUGAGGAAGAGGAGGCCCGGCCCCAUGGAACUAUAUAUGUGGCACGGAAGCAUCACGCACAGCAGCACGCGUCAUCAUCGACGGCUAGUGCAGUUGCAACAGGGUCAAAUGCAAUGUCCUCCGACGUGGUCGGUGAUAAGGGUUUCUGGGAUGUAGACACCAGGCCUGCCGGAUGGGGUAGGGAUUCCACCAUUGCCACUGCGGCAGAGUAUUCCGUUCGUCACCACCCCCGGAAGUGUGACAAAUGCGUGAAAUUAGAUGUACCUUGUAUCGUCCUCCCGGAUAAGAAGUACGGCUUCACAAGACUCGCAUGCGCGAACUGCGACGAGAUGAAGAUCACUUGCGCAAUCGAUGGCGUCGGUGUCCGGGAGAGGUUGCAGGCAAAGGCUAAGUCAACAGACACUGCUGUACACCUUCCCGCCAAACAUACUAAGACUCGAGCCCACAAGUUGCGGGCUGCCAAAUCACAGGCCAAACAUGUCCCGUCCAAGAAAGCACAACCAACAACUAGAUUCUCCCGUGCUGAGAAGAAGGUUGUACAUCAUUUGUUGGACGAUACAAUCACGGAACGACCGAUGGACCUCGUGAAAACACAUCCGGAUCCGCCAGCGAAACCCAACGUGCCGCAAUUGGAGCCUGCGUUGGCCCCGGCAACUGCCAAUUCAUCGACAUGCAUCCGGGAGACACAAGUCAGCUCAUCCGCACCCGGAAACCCACCGGAGCCUGAGCCAUCUGCAAGGGACAUAUUGCAUAGCAUACACGAUCUCGGCAAGCGUUUUGAUCUUCUUGCUACGAACGAGCGGGUGGACGCGAUCGACGAGAGGUUAGACUCGGUGAAGGAACGGCUUGAUGUCAGAUUGACUGUGCUGGAGCAACGGUUAAGCACAUCGGCCGAGCAGUGGAAAGCGACCUCGUCGACUGUGGGCAAUUUGUCCAUGAGCGUUCGGAAACAUAUAAACGAUGUUGCCGUUCAUCGGCAUCGGGAGCAUGUUGGUGGACGUAUAGCAUCACAACAAGACAAUGCGUCACAUCUGCCAUGGACAUUCCGAAAUGCUGGUAGCGGAAAUGAAGAUAUCGCUCUCUCUCAGAUAGGGAGGCCAGCUCAUGGACUGACAGAACGUGGUAAUAUAAGAAGAGCACACUAUUCCGGGAGGUCAACAUCCGCUGCUCAAAUACCGGGUGCAUCACUUUCGUUGUUGUCCUCAUCUCUUUCCUCUCGAUUCUCAAGCGCACCACCCGGCGACAUCCAAGUGACUUGUGAUAUUGAUGUUCCGGAUGAUGGUAUACCUAAUGGGCGGCCGGCAUCCGCUGUACUGGUGAUAAACCUUGCAUUCACGCCUUUGCCACAACCGCAAGAACCAUCCAAACCGGAGCAUUAUGCCAUUGGAUGUAUCACAGCUUGA